CCAGGAUGUACUGUCUGCAUUAGUCUCUCAGCUCCCUCUCCCACCUUUCCUAGUCUUGGGCGACUUCAGUGCCCAUAACCGUAUGUGGGGUGGAACAAUGAUCACUGGCUGUGGUAAAGACAUUGUAACUUUACUGGCACAGCUCAUUCUUUGCCUCUUGAACCAGAUGCCUCCAUGCACUUUAGUGUGGCAAGUGGGACUUAUUUGGCCAUUGAUCUCUCUUUUUGCAGUCCUGAUCUUCUACCAUCUGCCCACUGGAAGGUCCACAAUGAACUGUGCUGUAUUGAUCACUUCCCAAUCUUCCAGAUGGGUUCUUCGUAGUACUGGCUGGAUUGGGUUCACCUCUGCUGUCAUCCUCAGUUCCCCAUCACAAGGCAGUGUCGAUACGGCUGUUCAGCAUACAACAACAGUCUUACUUUUGACAGCCAACCAAGCCAUCCCCACAUCCUCUAGGUGCCGCCAACUGGCUACACGAAAAGCGCAAGAAGUCUGUAUAUGUACAUCAAAACUGUUCUGGCAUAACCACAAGCACCGGAACAAAGAGGAAGAACACAAGAUCAGAGAAGGCGGUUAGCUGAUGUCGGCCAAUAGCCUGCUGAUGAGGACCACGCCACAACAGGAGCCUCUGCAAGAAGAGAAUAUAAGUGCUGCUCCUGCCAGCCUCGGCCGGACGUUAGUGGGCAGUAUUUGCAGAGUAUUACCACGGCCUAGCAGAGAGUGCUAUGAUAGCAGUUAUUAGUGAUCCACAAACUGUGUGUCAAACUUGCAUGAACAUUAUAUAUAGCAAAGGACUCAGAUGUAUGUUGUAUCUCACCCACUGCUUGUGACACCAUUGUUAUUUCAUAGUUAAAUGUUGUCAGUCUGAUUCAUUGAAAUAAAACUACUAAUGUUAUUUGAUUGAA